UAUUUCUUUAUUUAAGAAUGUACUCAACCGAAUAGAAAUUGAAAACAGUCCAUAAGUACAAACGCUCAAUUUCUUUAAUUAAUACGGAGUAAAAAAAUACAAAAAUAUCCACCAAAAUGGGACUGAAAUAUCAAAAUGCUUCUAACUAGACAUAGACCCCUAGCCUUAAUGUACAACAUAAUUGAAAACCGAAUUUUUUCUUCCAUUUUGACGGAAGAGGAAUACGAGAAUCGUUUGAGGUAUCAUUUGGCCAGACGCGAGAAGUUAACAUCAAUCUCCCAAGGAUCGGAGCUCGAUUCUUCUUGGAUAGAUAUAUCUCCCAGGGAUCAACCUCCCGCAGCCACCACGCGAGGUGUAUCUGUAUAUAUUAGAGGAGGGGUAUAUGUAUAUAUUUGCAAGUCAGAGAACAGAGAUAGCUCCCAGUAUUGUUCUUUUGCUCUGCGGCAGAAGCUGGUGUGGGUUGGGGUAAGAUUUUUUCUCUCUUGAUCGGAAGAUUUUUUGUGGAAGGCCAGGAAGGGAGAUACGGAAAAUGUUUGGGUAGUAUGGUAAAGAUGCGAAAAAGCCAUUAGUAAACGCUAAGGUUUUUGGCGUUUAAGAUUUCGGCUGUUGGACCCUAAAGGCCGAUUCAAAAAGCCAUUUAACCAAACAAUCCUGUUGACUGUUUAAUCUAGUCAAAAAGCCAAAUAUGAGUCAAAUCAGCCAAAAAAUGGCCGAUAGGCUCCUAACCAAACACCCCCAAUGCCUUGUUAGCUCCACAUCAUGUCCGCUCUUCAGCUGUUGGUGGUUUAGAAGCGAAUGGUCCUCACGAUAUUGAUUGGGUAAUUCUAUUUACAGCCCCUUAAUUGCUAAUCACACACACAUAUUUUCAUAAUUUCUCUUGUGCCCUUGUUACUAAAUACAGUCUCUACUCAGAAUGUCUCAAUCGCCUUUUGGAACUCCAACACCGUAUCUUAAUUCUUAAUGUUCGGAUGAGGAAGAGAGUAGAAGAUGUAUUCAAAGUGGGGUAAAGACUGCCAAUCACUUCCAUGUGGACCAUGUGUCCGCAAAACCACUCACCAUCACAUAUGGAUACUUAAACAACAUGGAUUUCACACAUAGUUUUAUAUCAUCGAAUUGAUAUUUUCAUGUUUUUAAGUGGCAGCCUAGAUUUGAUUUUGCAUUUGGGUGUGUCUUCUACUAGUUCUGAAUUUUUACUUCAUCUUCUUUCUUGGCUUCAAAUUUUUACUAUGCCCACACUUUUUUUCGGCAAUUUCCUAGCACUUUGAUUUCGGUAGUUUGCGAUGGAAAAAUUUAAAGCAAUUUUUUUUUUAAACUCGAUGAUAUAAAAUUAGUGCAACAUAGAGUUGCGACUUUGCAGCACAUAGGGGCGGAGCCAGCACACUGGGCCAGACUGGACCGAUACAAAGAAUAUUUUUAAAAUUUUUUUUGCCUGGAAUUUUUUACACUAAAAAUGAAGACAUUUUUUAAAUUUAGGCUGGGCCAGGGCCAAGGCUGGCCCACCCCUAUCUCCGCCCCUGCCAGCACAAGGAUUGCGGCAAUUUGCAAUUUUGCGGCAACAGAGUUUGUGGCAGCCGUGAUUAUCUUUGCUAUAAUAAUAAGGGGUAAUCUAAACAUUUGUAUUAAUUUUGUGGCUGUGAUUAGUAAAAUGAGGGCUGUAAAUAGAAUCACCCUAUUGAUUAGAUCACACUAAGACAAGUUUGGACCAUAAUAAAGGUGACAACUCCG